CCUUCACACAUCAAUUACAACUGCAAACGCCAACAUCACAAAUCAGUCAAAAUGGCCCCCGCAGCGUCCGGUGCGAAGAAGCAGAAGAAGAAGUGGUCGAAGGGCAAAGUCAAGGACAAGGCUCAGCACGCCGUCCUGCUCGACAAGACCACCUCUGAGAAGCUCUACAAGGACGUUCAAUCGUACCGUCUCGUCACAGUCGCCACCCUCGUCGAUAGGCUAAAGAUCAACGGCUCGCUGGCACGAAAAUGCCUGAAGGAUCUUGAGGAGAAGGGCCAGAUCAAGCCCAUUGUUACCCACAGCAAGAUGAAGAUCUACACCCGAGCUGUCGGUGCCUCGGACUAAAACCCAUCACUCUCACGAUACCAUGAUUGAAAGAUGAUAUUCGGUCGACAGUCGACGAUAGAGUUCGGCGGGCCAGAUGGAUCGCGGAUACGGCUUUGAUGGAUUCAGGCAUUUGAUCCUCGGCGUAGCAUUGGGAUGGUUAUGGUUCAGAAUUUCGCUUGCAGUUGCAUUCAGAUAGGGACCGAAUGAGAAACCCCGAUGAAUCUGCGUACAU